GUUUUAUGAGGGAAAAUGUAUCGUCUCGGCCAACAGUAUACCUUCAAGAUCGCCUUCAAUUCCUUUUUAUCCGCUGUGCCACGGGAAUAUUUUCAUUUUACGAGACAAUAUAGUAAAAGCUGGUCGUGUAUUGGCUGAUUUUGGAUCAAAGUAUAUAUUUAUCAGCACGAAAAUGCCGAGGACCAAGAAGAAGAAUAACAGGGGGGGGCAGCAUGGAAAUGUGCAGCCCUUCAGUGAUGAGGAUGCCUCCAUUGAGACCCUCAGUCAUUGCAGCAGCUUCAGCGACACCGUCAGUGUCGCAGAUGAAGGUGGAGAGGCCAGUGAGGACGCAGCCCAGGAGGAUUUCCAGUACAAGCUGAAGGGGUUCAUAGACAGCACAGUGGAUAAGAGUGCUAAGACCCGACAAGGGGCGCUGGAUGGGCUUAAGACGGCAAUGGCCACACGGAUCCUUUAUGAGUUUAUCUCAGAGAGAAGGAUGACCAUCACAGACAGCAUCGAACGCUGCCUGAAGAAAGGUAAAGGCGAGGAACAGCGGGCAGCGGCUUCUUUAGCCUGCCUGCUGUGUAUCCAGCUGGGCUCGGGCAUCGAGAGCGAGGAGGUGUUCAAAAGCCUGAAACCCAUCUUCAAAAACAUUCUGGUAGAUGGAUCAGCCAACAUACAAGCCAGACAGGCUGUGGCGACAAGUCUGGGCCUCUGUACUUUAGUGGCAGAAGAUGACAUUUUGGACGUGCAGGCUACCAUGGAGUGCUUUGAGAGCCUGUUCACCCGGUCCUACGCGAGGAUGGAUGGUACCUGUCCUUUGAUCAAUCCGCAGACGAGCCAGCUCCACACCAACGCCCUGCUGUCCUGGGCUCUGCUGCUCACCAUCUGCACUGCCAGCCAGCUCAAAGACAUCCUGCGCAAACACCUGCCUAAACUGCCAAGAUUGUUGGAAAGUGAGGACGUCAACAUGAGAAUUGCUGCAGGAGAGACCAUUGCUCUUCUCUUUGAGUUGGCAAGAGACAUGGAUGCUGAGUUUGAGUUUGAUGACUGGGAAGAACUGUGUGACAAACUGAACGCGUUGGCCACAGACUGCAACAAGCACAGAGCCAAAACCGACAAGAGGAAGCAGCGGUCGGUGUUCAGGGACGUACUCAAGGCUGUGGAGGAGGGUGACUUCCAAUCUGAGACCAUUCGCUUCGGGACGGAACGCAUGACCAUUGACAGCUGGAUGAGAAAGAGGACGUAUGAUGCCUUCAGAGAGUUUGUGGGCUCUGGAAUGAACUACCACCUGCAGGCAAAUGAAUUCAUCAGAGACGUGUUUGAACUGGGACCACCGAUGUUGGUUGAUUCAGCCACAAUGAAGGCCAUGAAAAUCUCUCGCUUUGAAAGGCAUCUCCACAACUCUGCUGCAUUCAAGGCUCGGACCAAGGCCAGGAGCAAGUUCAGGGACAAGCGGGUGGACGUGGGAGAAUUUUAACCUUUUUUUUUUUUUUCCUCUUUAGUUUUUCACUCUUAAUACUCUAUUUAUCAGGCUUCCCUGCUUUUUAGAUGAAUUGUCACGAUUUUGUGUCUCUGUAUUCCUCCCUCGAGAUGUAUGUUUUGAAUAUCAAACACUGGGCCUCUGCAGACUUGAAAGGUGGCUUUAUCACAGAUGCUGAGCUCUGUGGUGGACAAACUGCUUCAAGCCCACAGGGGCUGAGUGUUUGAUAAUCAAACAUUAGAUUUUGAUUAACUGUAAUGUAUCCACACAUACAGUGGUGUUGUACAUAUAGUGUAUAUUUGUUUGCUCCUUGUGUUAAUAUUCAUUAUGUGGCCUUUUGUUUUGUUUUUGAAUAUAAGUUAUAUAAUUUUUCCAGCAUUUAUCUUGCACCAUGUAGGUCUAGUUAGUUCAUAGCAAUGUCCAAACACAUGUUGUGACUGAUCUAACCCUUCAAAUUUAUAUUAAGCUGCACUACCUUGUUGACCCAUUGCAGGUUAUUUCUGUGGAUCUUCGGUGAAUAUUGUGUUGUCUUUUUAGUAUCGGGUAUGUAAUCUAAAGGGCAAGGAUAAUUAAAUAAACACUGAAAAGCUGUUAGAAAUGGAUCCCUAAUUGUUCAUGUUUAUUAUGUAUGUAACUGACACAGUGGACCAGAUUCAGUUGAUCUAAACAUUGAUUGGCUGCUCAAAGUAUCAUUUUCCAUGGUUGAAAAUAAUAAAAAAUGGCUUGAAAUUUCAGUGAA